UGAUGUAUGAUGAUUGACAGAGAUGGAAGUGAAAAUCGGAGAUGCGGAUGAUUUUCGAAGGAGGUGUGAAUUUUGUAGAGACUAUUUUGGGCUGACUGGUUUGCAUUUUGCUGCUGCUAAAGGGUUUAUUCACAUUUGCAAGUUCUUGAUUCACAAAAUUAAAGUUGAUAUUAACAUCAAAACUGAUAUUGGGGAUAGUCCUCUGUUAGUUGCCGUUAAAUCGAAACGUAUCAGCACAGCAAAAUAUCUAAUCAACCGAGGUGCCGAUAUUACUAUUGCCAACUCUAAGGGGAUGACUCCGCUACAUUAUGCUGCUGAACAAGGUAACGAGGAGCUUAUGGAAAUUUUGCUAUCGAAAGGGGCUGAUAUAGAGUCGAAUUCUGUGAAUGGAACACCACUACAAUAUGCUGCAUCGCUUGAAAAUCUCGAUUCUGUUCGCCUUCUCCUAGAGCAUGGUGCCAAUCCAAAUCCAGUGUCUCUACUCUCUCCUUCGCCCCUUUUCUAUGCGAUUUAUUCUCCGUCACAUGAAUUCUUGGAGCUGUUGCUGAAGGCUGGAGCUAAUCCGAACAUGAACUCAUGUGGUGCAAGUCCUUUGUCGUGUGCAGCCAUGAUAGGCGUUCCGCGAGUUGUUACGUCUUUGCUCGCUGCUGGAGCUAAUCCAAACCUACUCUCAGAAAAUGGUAAUGAAGAGUAUAAGGGUUGUCUGAAACCCAUCGAGCAAGCUGUCAGUAUGGGCAGACUCGAUGUUGUUCGUAUUUUAUUUCCGUUGACUGAGAGAAUUCCAGUUUAUCCCGAUUGGACCAUUCGUGGAAUAAUAAACUACUUCCACUACGAAGCGGUCGAGAUAAAGAGAGAGCAAAAUAAGGAAGAUUACUUGCGAUUCGUUGAUCAGAAAGGCAAAGAUGCUGUGAAGAGAAAGGAUUACGCUACUGCAGUAAAAUGGUUCAGCGAGGUAAUUUUACGAGUUUAG